GGUCCGGCUACUGCUGCAACACAGGAAGGAGGAUAAACAAGAUUCUACUCUCUCGAGGACAUUAAGGAGGCCUCGAAAGGGCAGUCUUGACGAGAUGGCGACGAUGGCGUGGGACGAAGAGCAGGCCUACGAGGAGCUGCUGUACUGGGACAGUUUGAUCCAGCAGGGCAGCCAUCUCGUUCCUGGGGAUGAGGCCAGAUACGAGGAGUUGCGUCAUUGGUACAACUGCCUGUUUUACGAGGAGGAGCUGAGGCAGUACCAUGACUACAUUGCUUCUUGUGAAAAUAUGGAGGAUCAUCAGCAAAACGAGGAGACUGCACAGCUGUCUGAAGAAGAUUUGAAAAAAGCAGCACUUGAGAAGGUUCCCGGGCCACACGAUUACGUCAUAAUGGCCAAACACUCGGAGGUGUACCCCUCUGCAAAGGAGAUGGAGGUUGUGCAGACAAUGGUUUCCCACGUAGAGUGUGCUCUCAAGAGUGUUUCUGACCAGAUGGAUGCCCCAAAAAAUGACAGUGGAGCUGCAGAGGCUGAGCGUAGUGAAGAGCGUAUCUUGCGUGGAGUUGUGAGGAUUGGCCAGGUCGCCAAAGGACUUCUACUGAAAGGAGACGAGAAGCUGGAACUGGUGUUACUUUCUUUCAACUGGCCUACAAGCUCUCUGCUUAAACAAGUGGCUGAAAAGUUAACAGAACAACUGGAGAUAAUUUCUGCUGGAACCUAUGAAGUAACCCCAACUCCUGAGGAUGCCACUAUUGUUGUGAAACGUACCGAGAUCUCAGUGCCGACUCUUUUCAUCCACCUGACCUCUCCUUGUGUCAGGACGAAUGAGAUGAGCUCCACAGCAGAGACAGGAGUAGAAACGCAAACAGUCGACCAUCCGCCGGACAUGCUGGACAGGCAGAAAUGCCUCUCUGCCUUGGCGUCUCUUCGCCACGCCAAGUGGUUUCAGGCGAAACUUAUCGGUAAGCCUUCGAUUGUCAUUGUGCUCCGGAUCUUGAUGGAUUUGUGUAGGCGAAAUCCAUCCAUGACCCCCCUCUCUGGAUGGCUUCUUGAGCUGCUGGUAGAGAAGACUGUCAGUACAUCUAAGAAAGAAUUGGAAGUAGGCGAAGCCUUCCGCAGAUUUUUGGAGUGCAUCUCCUCUGGAAUCGUCUUAGAAGGUUCGCCUGGUAUUAAAGAUCCGUGUGAGAGAGAAGACGUUGACGUCACCGCAUUUCUGACUGAACAGCAACGUGAAACCAUCACUCAUUGCGGUCAGAACAUGUUGAGGCUGUUUGCGUUUGGAAGAGUGCACAUUGUGUUUGGACUGGACCGCAAAUUCUUUAACCAUUUAAGAUAUCUCUCUUCGGUGGCAGUCAACACCGCAGAGGGCCCAGCUUACCUGUUACCUGCUGCUCCCUGCAACCGUUCAGCAAAGAGACCGUACUCUGAGGUGGAGGGACAAGGAAAGUCCAGUCACGGCUGCAAACUGCAAAAACUAAGCGGCACUAACGAGUGCCUGCCGAAGAUAUUAUUCUCAGAAGAUCCAAACAUAAACCCUGUGAUGCGUUUAAACCAUUACGCCCCCUCCCUGGAUUACCGGCUCGUAGCCCAAACUGGGCCAACCUAUGGGCCGAUGUUUACGAUGGCUGUGGCGGUAAACGGGAAGGUCUACCAAGCAUUUGCACCGUCCAAAAAAACAGCCAAACAUAAACUUGCAGCCAAGGUUCUGCAAGAUCUUGGUCUUCCAACAGGCAAGAUAGUUGGAAAUACGUCCAGAUUUAAUGCUCCUCGGCCCCAGAAAUCAGCUGAAGGCGAUUCCGAAACUUCGGAUUCGAGUCGUCGGGUUCCAGUCUUAACAAAAAAUGGCAAGAAUCCCCUCGUGGAGCUGAACGAAAGGCGCCGUGGACUGAAUUUUGAAGUGAUCAAGCACAACAAGCACAAAGGAUCCAACCUUCUAAAGUACUUCACUAUACAGGUGGAAGUCGAUGGCCAGAAGUUUACUGGGAUGGCGCUCGGUAAAAAGGAGGCGAAGGCCAAAGCUGCUCUUGCUGCUUUGGAAAAGCUGUUCCCAGACGACGGUAGCGCUUCAGAUGAUGGCAAAAAUGUUGAAACCAAGAAGUCCAAUGAAGUCGAUAAAGACAAAAAAGUUUCCUCCACUGACACGCAGGACCCAGGACUUGGCACAGUCCGUGGCAUUCCAUCAGAUUCUGGAACACGUGGCUCGGGUCCCAACAGAGGGGGUCCCAACAGAGGGGGUCCCAACAGAGGGGGUCCCAACAGAGGGGGUCCCAACAGAAGGGAUCCCAGCAGAGAGGGUCCCAGCAGAGAGGGUCCCAGCAGAGAGGGUCCCAGCAGAAGGGAUCCUAGCAGAGAGGGUCCCAGCAGAGAGGGUCCCAACAGAAGGGAUCCCAACAGAGAGGGUCUCAACAGAGAGGGUCCCAACAGAAGGGAUCCCAACAGAGAGGGUCCUAACAGAGACGGUCCCAACAGAUGGGGUCCCAACAGAGGGGAUCCCAACAGAGGGGAUCUCAACAGAGGGGGUCCCAACAGAUGGGAUCCCAACAGAGGGGGUCCUGGCAGGGGCCGUGGCGGACGUUUUCCCUCGAGAGCAAGUUAUAACACGACCAACUACAACUAUGAGGACAGCACCGGUGCAGGCUACAAUAAACAGUUGGGUAACAACAUGGGAAACGCCACAGAAAAAAACACUGGAAUGAGCCAACGGGGCGGCUUCGGCUCAUUUUACCUCGAGAACACCUCCUCCUCCUUCGCCUCCCCGCUGGCUUCAGCCUCCAGCAGCAUGUGUUCGAUGCCUCCUCCUGUUGAUCAGCAGAACCUGUACGGCUACAGAGAAGAGAAGAUGAUGCUGCCCCAAAUUCAGAACCAGGCUACAGAGAAGAGAAGAUGAUGCUGCCCCAAAUUCAGAACCAGGGGAAUAAUUUCUCCACCUUCCCGCUGGCUUCAGCUUCCAGCAGCAUGCAUUCGAUGCCGCCUCCUGUUGAUCAGCAGAGCCCGUACGGCUACAGAGAAGAGAAGAUGCCGCCCCAAAGUCAGAACCAGGGGAAGGAUUUCUCCAUUUACAGCACAGCUUAUCCCAGCUCUGUCACAGGAGGACAUUCGUACAAUAAUUACGGGUGGAGGAACUAGUCGUUCUGAGGGAUUUGGCACCUGGGAACACAACCGGCAGUGAUCCUGUCACCUCACACUGCUGUCUUUUUAACCCUCAGCCUGGACAAUGAUGCUGAAAAAACACUUCCAUUAACAAAAAACAUACAUUUUGUUAGUGAAAUUAGAAUGUUGCUGUUUUGUUUCAUCACCCUUUACCGAUGUUUGUAGUUUGUAGACACCAGAUUAUCUGUAAAGUUCAGGCCCAACCUAAA